GGCGUUCCAGGUUUUGAUUUGGAACCUGAACUCACGCCCGGUCCUCGGACCCGGUCUAGUUUUGCUCCAGCCCGCGUCUACUGGACCCGUUAUGGUACUGGCCUCCGCCAACAGCUUUCGGCUGAGGUAUCUUAUCUGUCUAUCAGAUUCCUUCGACUCGAAGUGCGGCGGAGUUGGGCUCGGCGGCCAACGCGUUCCGCUUCGGAAGCAAGCAACCAGAAAGAAGAGAUGCCGACGUUGAACCUGAGCACCAACAUGCCGGUGGACGCCGUGAUAGCCUCCGACAUCCUCAAGGACUGCACCAAAGCCGUCGCCAAGAUCAUCGGCAAGCCCGAAUCCUAUGUGAUGAUUUCAAUAAAUGGAGGAGUGCCUAUGGCUUUUGCUGGAAGUGAAGAACCAGCGGCAUAUGGAGAAGUCAUAUCCAUUGGGGGGCUUGGUCCCAGCGUGAAUGGGAAGCUAAGUGCAACUCUUGCUGAAAUUAUUGAAACCAAGCUGUCGGUGGAUGGUUCCAGGUUUUAUAUCAAGUUCUAUGAUGUGCAGCGCUCCUAUUUCGGCUUCAAUGGCUCUACAUUUUGAGCAAGCAGGCCAUCUGCCAGAGAUCCCAUCUCCUUUCUGGGCAAGAUCAGUGUUCUUGCUGUCAUUUAGUCUUGGUUCUUAUGUAACUUUUUGUACUUCUAUACUCCCCCCAAAAAAAAGAAGAAAAGAACAGUUAUUAUCUGGACUGUCAGCAACAUAUUCUGCUGCAGCUGAACUUUAUUGAUGUUCGUAUGGAACUUUUGCCUUCUUAAUUGUCACUCAAUAUUAUAGUUUAGCCCUCGCAGUUGUCACUUAAA